AUGGCGAUGGUGACCGCGGUUUGUCCACUUGACACAAACACUGUAUUCGAUCCAUGUUCGGAUACAAAAGUUUUGAGAUGGGAUGGAUUUACCUUUGGACUCGCGUUUUCUUCGAAAGAUUCAUUCUUCUCCGACCAAAUUCAGCUUUCGCCCUGCGAUAGCCGUCUCUCCCUCCAGGGAACCGCGGCUAAACUCGCAGUUUUUCGGCCGAAAGUAGAUGAGCUCACUUUUCUUACUGUCAAUACCUCUGACCUUUAUCCGGUGAAAUCCGGUGGAUAUAUGGUUGCAUUUGCUGGAAGACACUAUGCUGCAAGAUCUAUACCUACUUUAGUUGUUGAUGAAUCAAAUAUCAUCACAAGUUUCACUCUGGUUCUUGAAUUCCAAAAAGGCAGACUUGUUAACUUAUAUUGGAAGAAAUUUGGGUGCAAAUCAUGCACGGAAAGUUCUCGAAUUUGCAUCGACAAUCAAGAAUCAUGUGCGACGCCAAUCUCGAAAUGCAACACUAAUGGCGGAUCGGUUGACUGCAAUCUUAGCGUGCAAUUAGCGUUUUCGGGUACGGACAAGAAGUUAGAAGUUCUUAACUCAUGGUACGAAAUUGAAAAACUAAGACAAUAUUCCCUAGUUGGGUUGUACGAAAACAUAAAAGGCAUGGUUAUUGGUCCAUAGAAG